AUGGCAGAAGUCCCAGCAAAGCGAUUCUGGCAUCUCUCCCGACCCUCGGAGAACCAAUGGCAGCUCACCCUCUCCAACCCGCCGGAGAACCGACUCCUGCCCCUCGUACUCGUCGACCUGUCCUCGCGGCUGGAUGAGAUCGAGGCUCAGUGGCGUACGACGUGGGAAGCAGCUCCAGAGGACAAGAAGCCCGGCGGCUCUGUAGUGCUCGCGUCCGACAACAAGAAGUUUUGGAGCAACGGGUUCGACCCCACCAAGAUGGGCCGGGCUGGCUUCAUGCCCUAUGUGUUCUAUCCCGUUAUGAACCGACUCCUGACCUUUCCCCUCAUCACUGUCGCGAGCAUCAACGGUCACUGUUUCGCGGGAGGCAUGUUGAUCGCACUCUCCUGUGACUAUAGGCUCAUGACGACCGGCAAGGGCUGGAUGUCAAUGAAUGAACCCAUUCCUUCUGAAGUUUGCCGUCUCCUCGCCGCGCGCGUCUCACCGACGUACUGGACCAAGCUUCUGCUCGGCCACAGAUGGACGUCGCAGGAAGCCCUCGCGGCUGGGUUCGUGGACGAGAUCGUGGACAAUGACGGUGCCCAUGAGGGAAAGCUGCUGAAGCGAUCUCUCGCUUUCGCGGCAGAGCGCGCACCCAAUGUGGCUAGUGGGGCUUGGGGUCUCAUCAAGGCUGGUGUCACUACGCCAAUUGCGGACCAGCCGCACAAGUGGCGUAUGACGUAUCGACCCCCGCAUGAGAGGGAGAUGUUCAAGCACGGGACGAAGGACUUCUUCUAUGUCGGAAACAGCAAGUUGUGA